AACACCUCUUCAACAAACACCACUUCAACAAACACUUCAACAAACACCACUUCAACAAACACGUCUACAAACACUUCUCUACCAGCUGCAACAUUCAACUUGGUCUUUAGCAUCAAUGAAACCUUUGUACCAGCACUGGCCAAUACCAGCUCUCCAGAGUUUACAACAAAAGCUCAAAGUAUCCGUAAUCAGCUUGAACCAAUUUACAGACAGCGCUUCACUAACUUCCUCCGGAUGGUAAUUAAUGGUUUCAGGAAUGGUUCGAUUGUGACAAAUUCAACUCUUGAAUUUAGUGCCAAUGGCACCAUCCCAACUAACUCCACAGUAAAAGAUGCCCUUGUUAAUGCGACUAGCACCAACUCAAGCUUGAACAUUAUUCCAAAUUCUAUAAAUGUCACCGAAGUUCCUGUGACAAACACCUCUUCAACAGACACUUCAACAAACACUUCAACAAACACGUCUACAAACACUUCUCUACCAGCUGCAACAUUCAACUUGGUCUUUAGCAUCAAUGAAACCUUUGUACCAGCACUGGCCAAUACCAGCUCUCCAGAGUUUACAACAAAAGCUCAAAGUAUCCGUAAUCAGCUUGAACCAAUUUACAGACAGCGCUUCACUAACUUCCUCCGGAUGGUAAUUAAUGGUUUCAGACACUUCAACAAACACGUCUACAAACACUUCUGUACCAGCUGCAGCAUUCAACUUGGUCUUUAGCAUCAAUGAAACCUUUUAUCCAGCACUGGCCAAUACCAGCUCUCCAGAGUUUACAGCAAAAGCUCAAAGUAUCCGUAAUCAGCUUGAACCAAUUUACAGACAGCGCUUCACUAACUUCCUCCGGAUGGUAAUUAAUGGUUUCAGGAAUGGUUCGAUUGUGACAAAUUCAACUCUUGAAUUUACUGCCAAUGGCACCAUCCCAACUAACUCCACAGUAAAAGACGCCCUUGUUAAUGCGACUAGCACCAACUCAAGCUUGAACAUUAUUCCAAAUUCUAUAAAUGUCACCGAAGUUCCUGUGACAAACACCUCUUCAACAGACACUUCAACAAACACUUCAACAAACACGUCUACAAACACUUCUCUACCAGCUGCAACAUUCAACUUGGUCUUUAGCAUCAAUGAAACCUUUGUACCAGCACUGGCCAAUACCAGCUCUCCAGAGUUUACAACAAAAGCUCAAAGUAUCCGUAAUCAGCUUGAACCAAUUUACAGACAGCGCUUCACUAACUUCCUCCGGAUGGUAAUUAAUGGUUUCAGGAAUGGUUCGAUUGUGACAAAUUCCACUCUUGAAUUUACUGCCAAUGGCACCAUCCCAACUAACUCCACAGUAAAAGACGUCCUUGUUAAUGCGACUAGCACCAACUCAAGCUUGAACAUUAUUCCAAAUUCUAUAAAUGUCACCCAGGUUACUGUGACAAACACCUCUUCAACAGACACUUCAACAAACACGUCUACAAACACUUCUGUACCAGCUGCAGCAUUCAACUUGGUCUUUAGCAUCAAUGAAACCUUUUAUCCAGCACUGGCCAAUACCAGCUCUCCAGAGUUUACAGCAAAAGCUCAAAGUAUCCGUAAUCAGCUUGAACCAAUUUACAGACAGCGCUUCACUAACUUCCUCCGGAUGGUAAUUAAUGGUUUCAGGAAUGGUUCGAUUGUGACAAAUUCAACUCUUGAAUUUAGUGCCAAUGGCACCAUCCCAACUAACUCCACAGUAAAAGACGUCCUUGUUAAUGCGACUAGCACCAACUCAAGCUUGAACAUUAUUCCAAAUUCUAUAAAUGUCACCGAAGUUCCUGUGACAAACACCUCUUCAACAGACACUUCAACAAACACUUCAACAAACACGUCUACAAACACUUCUGUACCAGCUGCAGCAUUCAACUUGGUCUUUAGCAUCAAUGAAACCUUUGUACCAGCACUGGCCAAUACCAGCUCUCCAGAGUUUACAGCAAAAGCUCAAAGUAUCCGUAAUCAGAUUGAACCAGUUUACAGAAAAAUCUUUAACAACUUCAUCCGGAUGGUAAUUAAUAGUUUUAGGAAUGGUUCGAUUGUGACAGAUUCCACUCUUGAAUUUAGUGCCAAUGGCACCAUCCCAACUAACUCCACAGUAAAAGACGCCCUUGUUAAUGCGACUAGCACCAACUCAAGCUUGAACAUUAUUCCAAGUUCUAUAAAUGUCACCCAGGUUCCUGUGACAAACACCACUUCAACAAACACUUCAACAAACAUCACUUCAACAAACACUACAAACACUCCUGCAGUAGCUGCAGUAUUCAACUUGGUCUUUAGCAUCAAUGAAACCUUUUAUCCAGCACUGGCCAAUACCAGCUCUCCAAAUUUUACAGCAAAAGCUCAAAGUAUCCGUAAUCAGAUUGAACCAGUUUACAGAACAAUCUUUAGCAACUUCAUCCGGAUGGUAAUUAAUAGUUUUAGGAAUGGUUCGAUUGUGACAAAUUCCAGUCUUGAAUUUAGCUCCAAUGGAACCAUCCCAACUGUGUCUGCAGUAAAAGACGCCCUUGUUAACGCGUCUAACAGCAACGCAAGCUUGAACAUUAUUUCAAGUUCUAUAAAUGUCACCCAGACUUUUGGUAAUUCCACCAGUAAUUCCACCAGUAAUUCCACCAGUAAUUCACCAGUGAUUGCCAGUUCACUUUCCAUGAUAUGGAUGUCUCUUCUAUCACUUCUACUUUCGGUGGCAUUGCACUUCGAGCUCUACACCUGAUCGGAAAAUAUACACAAUGACCCUUAUAUAAAAUUUAUAUAAUAAUGCAUAAGAAAAAGGGAAUAUGGGGAAAAUGAUUCACUCAUAAACAUGGGUAUGUUUACAUAAGUAAUUGAAACUGGAGACUUAAUGAGGGUUCUGAUUUGCUUGAAAAUUUCUCAGCAUUCUAACAGGCCUACAAGGAUUUUAUUUCACUUUUUAAACUAUUGUGUAGUUAAUAGUAGAAUAUCUUGUUGUUCUAUACUGUAUAAUUUCUAAACACAAGUGUAUAUGCAAACCUAAAUUUAACUUCUUUAUAUCAGUGUAUAAUGAUUAUAAACAUUGUAUGAAAUAAAGCUUUCCACGAUUCAUUUAA